AUGAGUGAAGCUGUUCAUUUAGCAAGAGACUUUGGUUACGUAUGUGAGACAGAGUUCCCUGCAAAAGCAAUAGCUGAAUACUUGGGCAGACCACAUGUGGAGCGCAACGAGGUUAACUCUCGCAAAAACAUGCUCCUCGCUGCAAAGCAAAUCUGCAAGGAGUUCACCGAUCUGCUCACUCAGGACCGGUCGCCUCUGGGAAACUCGAGGCCCGCUCCCAUUUUGGAGCCUGGGAUCCAGGGCUGCCUGACUCAUUUCAGCCUCAUCUCUCACGGUUUUGGCUCGCCCGCCAUCUGCGCAGCAAUGACCUCGCUCCAGAACUACCUGAACGAGGCGCUCAAACAAGUGGACAAGAUGUAUCUGAGCUCUGGCAGCGACACCCAGGGAUCUUCAGAGAGCGGGAGCAAGCCUGACAAAAUGGAAAAGCACAGGAAAUGAGAGCUCAGAGGGAGAAACCUUAUGAAUUUUAGAAUCCACUAAAUCCCAUUGCCCUCCCUGCCCUUUUUUUUUUUUUUUUUUGGACUUUAAAACAUAUUUAGUAUUGUCAUGUCGAGAGAUUACCUUGUUUGUGUGUAUGUGUGCGUGCUUGCACUGUAUAUUUUUCUAAGAAGUUGUGGACU